CGUAACUGACAUCUUUCUCAACUAGAAGAAGCGCCAAAUCCACAGAUAAAUAUCCUGAUUUGUUUUAUUCGCUGGAACAGAGUCUGAAUUUCGUGAUCAGCCAUGAGUUCAUCUGAUGAGGAAUCCCUGGAGAGGCUGAGUGUUUAUUUCAGCACGUCAGAAUGGUCUCAGCUGUCGUUUUGGGAAAAGAAGAGGUACAAGAGGAUGAAAAGAAACUACCUCUUCAUGCAAUCCAUAGGUCUGUCGUCUCAAGCUCCAGAGUUCAUGAGGAAGAGGGGCGGGACUAAAAGACAGAGGGCCACGCCCCCACCACUGACUGAUAGCAGUGACUCUGAAGAAGAGGAAUGGACACCCAGCAUGGAGAGACCACGACCAGCCUCUCGCUCCUCCAGGCCUCCUACCAGAGUUCCUACUAGACACACGAGACCACAGCCAAGCACCAGCCACUCUGAUAUGGGCAGUGGGGACAGCCAGGCUCCUCAGCCAAUAAGCAGUCAGGGCAGCUGGGACAGCCAGGCUCCUCAGCCAAUCAGAAACACCACUAGCCAGUCUCAAACAAUCAACAGCACUGCUCAAUGUCCUCAGGCCUCAGGGGAGGGUUCAGCACAACAAGCCACAGAGGACAACAAACAGUGUUGUGAAUGA